GUAAAACUUUCUCACCAGCCAAGCGUUAUAGGGCACGAGGCCACCACUCUGACUGCGCUCCGUUGGCAUCUGCUCCGCCUCCCAAAUCGCCGGCUUCUUCCUGCCGAGGCUCCUCCAGAACUUAUCGCAAACUACACAAUGGCUGCUGGAAGAGGCAUUGGCCAACUCUUGAGAAAGCACCUUCGGUUUCAGUCAGCAAUUCCUGCUCUGGUGUCAUCACAAAAGCAGGAAGAGGCUUUUGUAUCAGCUGGCAUGAAAUCGUUGAAAGCUUUUGCGUUACUUGGAGUUGGGAUUACUGGUGCUUUAAGCUUUGCAUCCUUGGCAUCUGCUGAUGAAGCUGAGCAUGGUUUACCGCCUUCAAAUUAUCCAUGGCCUCACGAGGGCAUCCUGAGUUCAUACGAUCAUGCAUCAAUUCGGCGGGGCCACCAAGUUUAUCAACAAGUAUGUGCUUCUUGCCAUUCUAUGUCUCUGAUCUCAUAUAGAGAUCUUGUUGGCGUGGCAUACACUGAAGAGGAGACCAAAGCAAUGGCUGCUGAAAUUGAGGUCGUUGAUGGCCCCAAUGAUGAAGGGGAAAUGUUCACUCGUCCUGGCAAAUUAAGCGAUCGGUUUCCUCAGCCAUAUGCAAAUGAACAAGCAGCAAGGUUUGUAAACGGAGGGGCAUAUCCUCCAGAUUUGAGCCUGAUUACGAAGGCCCGACACAACGGACAGAACUAUGCGUUUGCUCUUCUCACUGGCUAUCGUGAUCCUCCUGCUGGUGUUUCGAUUCGCGAGGGGCUCCACUACAAUCCAUAUUUCCCUGGUGGUGCAAUAGCCAUGCCGAAAAUGCUUAUAGAUGGCGCUGUCGAGUAUGAGGAUGGUACUCCUGCAACUGAAUCCCAGAUGGGUAAGGAUGUUGUAACAUUUUUAUCUUGGGCAGCCGAGCCUGAGAUGGAGGAGAGGAAACUGAUGGGAUUCAAAUGGAUUUUUGUACUCUCGCUUGCACUUCUCCAGGCUGCAUACUACCGGCGGUUGAAGUGGUCAGUUUUCAAGUCGCGCAAGUUGGUCGUAGAUGCUGUCAACUGAUGCUUUUAUUUCUUCACGGGAAAGACCACCGGAAUAACGACAUUGGAUGAUGUACACUGUCAGAUUGAUCUAAAGCAAUUUUUGGUUCAUUCUCCAUGCCGGAGAAGUAUGUUCUUCUCAGACUUUAUUUUUUGGAUUGUCAAGGUUUGGAAUGGCGGUCGACAGAUGGUUUGUUAGUUAUUUUCGAACAUCAGAUGAUAUGAUUCUGUUGUUUGUGUUGCUUUUGCAUAAAUAAUCAGCAUAAUGUUUUAACA